CGGUGAUGGUGGAGCGCAGCAUGAGGCACCCUGAGGAGAUCCGUACGGCUGUGGGGCGUCGCCUGGCCAAUCUCUCCACCCCCCAGGCCCAGUACGCCGGCGAGGACGAGAACUCGCUCCUCCACGGCCGCCCCACCACGGAGAUGCCCGAGAUUGUGAUGCAUGAUGAGCUCUCCCUGGCCGAGCGCAUCACCAACUGGACACAGACCACCGUUGACCACCUCUUCACCAAGUGGGGAACGCUGUGCGCGUGUCACCCCUGGAAGGUCAUGGGGAUCGGACUCAUCGUUGCCAUAUCCCAGUGCAUCGGGAUCCUCUUCUGGCAGAUCACCACAGACCCCGUCGAUCUCUGGGCUGCACCAAACUCCCGCUCCAGGCUCGAGAAAAACUACUACGACGAGAACUUUGAGCCCUUCUACCGCACGGCUCAGAUCUUCAUCCGUCCCGUGGGCUUUGAGAGCUUUGAGUUGGGGAACACCACUGACGUGAACGGAACAGUUAUCCCUGGCGACACCUACGGCCCGGUGUUCAACAAGACCUUUCUGCUGGAGGUGCUUAGGCUGCAGAACUUCCUGACCAAUGAGCUCUCGGCCAUUGUCAGCGAGGACCAGGAGGUGACGCUGUUUGACAUCUGCAACAAGCCCAUGGCGCCGGACAACGAGAACUGCAACAUCCAGUCCAUUCUCAACUUCUGGCAGAAUGACGAAGCCGUGUUCAAUGCGUCCAGCGCCAAGCAUGCCAAGAACUGCACGAGCAAUGCGUUCCAGGAGAAGUGUAUGGGGACGUACGGCGGCCCAGUGCUCCCUCACGUCGCGCUCGGAGGGUUCCUGGAGGAGAACGAAACCCUCUCAGACAACCCCGACUACCUGAAGGCCGAUACGCUGGUGAUCACCCUCCUCAUCAACAACUAUUUCAACAAGUCCCUCCUGAAACCCGCCCUUGCCUGGGAGAAAGAGUUCAACAACUUCAUGGUCAAGUUCUCCCACCCCAUGAUGGACAUUGCCUUCCGCUCGGAGCGCUCCAUCGAGGACGAGCUGUUGAGGAUGAGCAAGUCCGACCUCCCGACAGUCAUCAUCUCAUAUGUCAUCAUGUUCCUGUAUAUCGCUCUGGCGCUCGGACACACCAACCAGCUCACGAGACUCCUGAUCUCCACCAAAGUCACGCUGGGCCUUGGCGGGGUGCUCAUCGUCCUGGUGUCGGUGUGUGCUGCCGUCGGGUUUUACGGAUAUGUGGGCGUUCCCUGCACCAUGCUGAUCAUUGAGGUCAUUCCGUUCCUGGUGCUGGCGGUGGGCGUGGACAACAUCUUCAUCCUGGUGGAGGCGUAUGCAGACCUGGAGCGCUCGGAGGAGGACACACGGCCACAGCUCAUUGGACGGGCAGUGGGUGCGGUGGGGCCCUCCAUGCUGCUCUCUUCCAUCUCCCAAUCCUGCUGCUUCUUCCUCGGUGCUCUCUCGGACAUGCCAGCGGUGAGGGCGUUCGCGAUGUACGCCGGCAUGAGUCUGCUGAUCAACUUCGUGCUGCAGAUGACCCUCUUCGUGGCCCUGUUCUCCCUUGACGUCAUGAGGGAAGAGGACAACCGGUUUGACGUGUGUUGUUGCAUCCGCAAGAACAAGGUUGAGAAGGACUCCGAGACAAGGUUCCUCCACAAGGUGUUCGAGUCGACGUACGCGCCGUUCCUGAUGAAGCCGUGGGUGAGGGCGGUGGUGAUCGUGGUCUUCAUGUUCUGGGUGUGCGCUUCAGUGGCCAUGGUGCCGCACAUAGAGGUGGGCCUGGAGGAGGAGCUGUCCAUGCCCGACGACUCCUAUGUCCUGAAGUACUUUGAGUACCUGAAGAAGUUUGGCUGCGUGGGAGCUCCCGUCUACUUCGUCCUCAAGCAUGGCUACAACUUCACCGACCUCGACAUGCAGAAUAAAAUAUGUUCGCACUUAGGCUGUAACAAAGACGCCUUGCUCAUCCAGUUGAAGUUGGCAUCCCAGAUUCCAAACAGGACGUACAUUGCUGUUCCCUCAUCGGCCUGGAUCGACGACUACUUCGAGUGGUCGGUGGAGGAUAAGUACUGUUGCCGCCUGCAUGAGAACGGGUCCUUCUGCCGCAGGGAGACCGAGGAGACACCCGACUAUAAUGAAGUAGAAGGCGAGGAGGGAAUAGACGGGGGAGGCGGGGAAACACCUGUCAGGAUAGAUAACCCGCCCGAAUAUGUUGGUGGAUUAGACUUUGAGGACUUCCUGAACAAAGAGUACAAUUAUGAUGAAUACACCUACGGGGACCUGGACGUCAGCUUCGACCACGUGGAGGAGAUGCAGAAGAACAAACACAAGGGACACAAGCACGAGAAGAAGCCCAAGGAGCCCAAGUACAAGGAGGACAUUUACGAUUACAAUUACUCAUACGGAGACUUAUCGGUGAAUUUCGACGACGGGGCACCUCAAACGGGGGCGAGGGAGAUCUCCGGCGAUGAUGGGUGGCCGAGCAACAGCAAGGACCCUUCGGAGACACACCUGGCGCACGGGAAACAGGGCAAGGGCAAGGCACCACGGAAGGAGAGGAAUACCCCCAGCGAAUGCCACCGGUGCCCCAUCUCGGCCCUCCCCAACAACCCCUAUCGCCCUGACCCCGAGGUGUUCAACCAGUACCUUCCCAUGUUCCUCAAGGACAACCCAGACUUGUACUGCCCCAAGGCGGGACACGCAGCAUACGGACAGGGUGUGAAAAUCCACUACGACGAGUCCGGCAACCCCGUGGUGGGCGCCAGUAUGUUCAUGACCUACCAUACUGUCCUGCGCAACAGCCGACAGUUCUACGAGGCGCUGCGCUCCGCCCGCGCCAUCGCCGACAACAUCACCCGCACCCUUAACCUGGUGGAGCGCGACGGCAAGCUGGUGCCGAGCGGGGAGACCAAGUAUGAGGUGUUCCCAUACAGUGUGUUCUACGUGUUCUUCGAGCAGUACCUCACCAUCUGGGAGGACACGGUGCGCAUGCUCGGGAUCUCCGUGGUGGCCGUCUUCUUCAUCGUCCUUAUCAUGAUGGGUUUCGACUUCGCCUCCUCCUUCAUCAUCCUCGUCAUGGUGGUGCUCAUCCUCACCAACUUGGGCGGCCUAAUGUACCUCUGGAAUGUCUCCCUCAAUGCCAUCUCCCUCGUCAACCUCAUUGUGGCUAUCGGCAUCUCGGUGGAGUUCUGUUCCCACACGACGCGCGCCUUUGCUGUUAGCGAGGCGGACACACGCAUCAUGAGGGCCCGCAAGGCUCUGGUGCGCAUGGGUCCCUCGGUGCUGUCCGGCAUCACCCUCAGCGACAUGGGUGUGGUGGUGCUGGCCUUUGCUAACUCAAAGAUAUUCCAGGUGUAUUACUUCCGCAUGUACUUCGGCAUGGUGGUGAUCGGGGCGCUGCACGGCCUCAUCCUGCUGCCCGUCCUGCUCAGCUUUGUCGGUCCAUCAAGACGUGUGGUCCACAGCAACAUGCCAGACAGAGCCGCCAACCCCAGCGGCUCGGUGCAGCUGGAUGACAUGAUUGGGGACGACCAGGAGCGCCAGUGUCUCACCGGCACGCACACGGCCACCAUCAACGCCGCGCCAAAGAGCAGCGGCAGUGGCGGCGGCGGCGGAGAAAACAGUGCCACCACCUUCCACUCCAACACGCUGGACAACCCCAAGAAGAGCUCUCUCACCAACACCGUCAAGAACUCGCCGAGGAAGGGCAGCCGCAUGUCCCUCAACCACAACUACGACGACAUGGAGGACCUCAACAAGAAGAACACGCCCUCGCGCCACUCCUACACGCUCUCCCGCCACUCCCUCGCCAAGACCGACGAGGAACUGGAGAAGCUGGAGGAGUGAGGAGGCGGAGUCUGACGUCCAUAGAGUUGGGAGUUCAUCACAUUUUUAGUUUUUUAUUCAAAUGGACCAGCGAGGAAGGAAGGCGGAGUGUCUGUUCAGUGAGGAAGGCAAAGGAAAGCCACAACAGGAAAGAGUCCGAGUAGCCAAGGGUCAGUCCGAGAGGGUCAACGCUGAAAGUCCUUCUUCCGAGUGUUGCGUUGUCCGGCGUGAAUGAUUAUAGGCGUCGCGAACGGACCCUCACUGUAAUAUAAACGCACCGUGCUGGUAGUAAUGCAGACGAGACGCUUCCUUCCUACUUCCCGCUGUCCGUGCAGUAGUGAGGCUGCCCCGAACGCAUAGCAAACUGUUCAUUACUAGCUGGUUAACGUGUAAGAAAGCAAUGCGAGGAGCCGUGAGCAUGUUAGACAAUGCUUUAACUAUUGGGCGAGAGGCUGUGAGUCCCAGCGAAGCAUAUCAGUGAACAGUUAUAAGUCACUGCUCGGCCUCUUUCAGUGUGCGUCCGAGCGCAUGUGUGCGUGUGCGUGUGCGGGAAGUCAGGCCAGCGCACACACACCUCAAGGCUGAUGUCUGUGUAUGGGGUGUGAUCUCCAUGCCCCCCUUCCCUAAGCUGCCCUGCGGAAGGACUCGGAGCAGUCCAUGUGAAGUGAGGUGGUGUCUUCAGGCUGUUGUUGUGUCGGUGGAACAUUCCAGUCAGGGGGUCCUGUCAGCGCGGCAAUGCACCACUCACGGGUGCAGAAGCGCUAAUUUAUUUAUAGUCUCGCGAUAAGUUCUUUGAGGUAUUUUUUUGCUCAAGAUGAUGUAACUUAAACCAUUGCUGAUGAUUACUAGUGUCCUCUCUAUGUUCCUAUUAUGUGUUAUGUGCCCCAAAAAUAUUUAUCAAUCCAUGUUUUUCA